CUCAGCAGCACUCAAACGUUUGUCCAGCAACGCGAUCAUUUCAAUCUCAGCAACCGCUGCCAAAGCGUGUGUAAACAAAUUGUCUGCCGUUUCAAAUACAAGUACAAAUUUCUUUACUGGCAUACCAACAUUCGUGUCAAAUAAAAAAGCAUUCGCAGAUCAAAAUAAUGAAAGACUUCUCAACAAUUGGUUCCCCGACUCAGAAUUUGCUGGUUGGCGUGUGACAGUAAAAGCAGCAAAAUAUAGCAAGAACAUAAAAUCAACUGACUCUACAUCAGCGAGAGGGAAGCUACUAGAUGCUAAACUGCGGAAUUACUGAAUUCAAAAUAUAAACAAGAGUUGACCGCGUUCAUAGUGCACCGAUUCGGGACUUACGACCAAAGCGUUAAUAUCUACAUUACGGCGCACUAUGAGAGGUAUACGUGCAAAUGAUCGAUUGGCCAUGUCAUGCGGUGAGCUCUACGCCGUCAUCUCGCGCACAUCGCAGACUUCAGUCAAGUCAACGGCGAUCACCAAUGAAACGAAUGAGCGGGCACCUUUGUUAAAGGACAGCAAAAGCUAUGGUGGCACCUCAACGACGACAAUCUGUAAGAGUAGAGCUGGUAGCAGCUAUUGCAGCGAUAACGAUAGCCGCAAUAUCAAAGGAGACUAUGAUGACAUCACUAGCUCGGGAUCUAGGAAGCAUCGCUUGGACUGCUGUGCAUAUAUGAAAAUUAUGACAUUUGUUUCGAUUCUAGGUGGUUGUUGUGUUAUUGCCACUUAUCUCUUAAUUGCUGAAUCGCGGUCGCCUACUGUAGAAUUCUCGUUGGAUCUGGUACAUCGUGACUUAUGGAGUAAUGUUUCCACACCAAUCGCAGACUCUCUAAACUAUUAUGACGUGGAAAAUAUUGUGAUAAUGCAGACUGGUGGCUUAAGUUGUGUCGAAUUUCAAAAAUGCUUACAAACUCUGCGUGAACUUCAAAGAGAGUACCAAGAAAAACAAGGUAUUAUACAGGAGCUUCCAUUUAACUUUCUGAUCGGCGGAGAUCGGCAAACUUAUGAAGCACGCGGUUGGAAUUAUGAAAGUGGUCUGCCUUUGGUGCAACAGAAUGCCUCGUUGGUUAUCGCCUUCAUAGGCAACUACACAAUUUUGGCGCCCAGUUCGCUGCAGUUACGGUCUGCUGUUUCGCUUAUUGCCGAGUCAGUGCGCCGAAAGAAACUCCAAAGCCAAUAUAAAAUUUUCGGUCUGCGAAAUUUGACAAACGGCCAAAAUGAUGGAAAGGCGCUCUUUGGUGCUAUUGGUCAGUGGCAGCAGUUUGCAGGACUGAUCUGACUAUGAUCUCUACUAGUAGGUGUAAUCGAUGUCCGAAUGUAUCUAAAUGUGCUUUUAGUUUUAAUAGAUUUGAUUCUCAGCUGACAUUUUGCGCUUCAACGCAAGCUCGAAAAACGAAUUUAAAUCGAAAAUGUGUUAGUAUUUUAAGAAAUAAGGAAAUCAUUUAUUUAGCUGUUGCGCAGUUACAUAAAACAACAAAGCGCUUAAUUAUAGAUAUAUUUAUAAGUAUAGUUCAUGUACACAUAUACGUGUGUAUGUGGGGUAAACGAGAAUGUGUAUGUGUGUAUUUAAUAUACAUUUGCUUUCUAUGCGUAGUAUGUAAGUAUAUAUACUCGUAUAUGUAAUACUAAAUAUGUGAUACAAAGCGUACAAUUUAUGCCUCUCGGCGCUAUUAUUCCAUAAUGUACUCUACUAAUCGCAAGCUAAAUAGAUGAAAUUAUUAUUUUACAAAAUAUAAGACUUAUUUUAAGUAAUGUAAAUUAACACAUCACGCACAUCAACACAGCACCUGUGAGCUUAACUCAUUCAAAUUCAUUCCUCUUCCUCGCCUGUACAACGUUCAGACGACUUAAUCCUAAUCCUAAUCGAAAUCCAGUUUACGAAAGCUACCCUCAAUCGACUCGAUCUGCGUCACAAAUUUCAUUCCAUUGUUGGUUUUGUCCGCGUUGAAACUACUUUUCCGCAAUAUGCCACGAUCACUCAAGAGCGCUAUCUUGUCUAGGUUGAGUAUCUCCUCGCGCUUAGCGACCAAUUCGUCCUUCCACAAUUCGACCAUCGCCUUCAAGGGCAUUUGACCGCCCAGUUCCUGUGGCAGGCAAGCCGGAUCGACAUGCUUCGCCAGUUCUUUGUCGUGUGUGUAAAGUGCGAGGCGAUUGCGUAUUUUCGAGCUGACAUGCCCCUUCACGAAAUCGAUCAGCCAUUUCAGUGUCGCCGGCACAUUCACCAAAUGUAUCUCCUUGUGACGCAACGGUAGCGAUUGUUCGCUCCACUUGAAAACGCGUGCAAAUUCUGUCGGAUUCCAAUUCGUCACAUGCGAUGUGGUGACACCGGCAAAGUCGCCGACAUGUAUAAGUCCACAGAUCUGUGUGGCUUGGUCCUCCAUUAGGCACUCGUAGGUGAGAAAAUGUGCACGCGCCUGAUCACUGCUGCUGUAUAUCUUUGGAUUGAAGCCUUUGGCGUUAAUUAUCACCACACGACGUCCGUUCUUGUCACGUUUGGGUGAGACAAAAAUGUAGCCGCUGUUUAUUAUGUCGUUCAACUUUGGCUCCAGAAAGUCCAACUGUGUGCUCAUGUGGGGAAAAGUGCGUCGCACAUUCAAGUACUUAAGUAGUGUCUGCUGAGCCAUGGGCACACUAUACUUUUUACAACGCAGGAAACGCAGUAGGAACUGUUCGUCGAGGCGGACAUCACGCAAAUCUUCAUGCUUCAGUAUCCAAUUACGCAGUUGUUCCAGACUUUGCUCGCGUGUACAUUUGUCUUCGCGCAAUUCACGUUUUGCAA